GCGAUGGGUCAAAUCUACGGCAAGCCGCCUGGUGCAGCAGGACCCCAGGCUCUCCAUCCGGGAGAAGCGGAGGCGCCAGAGGAGACAGCCGAGGAGCCGUCGCCUACUCAGGAAGAGGCCCUGGAGGCCGAGCAGGAGGAGGAGGAUGUCCUGCAAGCGGAGGAGGUCGAAGAUUUCGGG